AUGGGCUGCUCGGCUUCUUUGCCCGGCGUUGCCGACGCCACCACCCCUACUGCCGCAUCGACCACGCGAAUCGCCGCUUCUCUCUCCCCCGACCGGCUCGCUGCACACGCAGCAACCGCCUCUGUUCUUCGGGCAGCACUGAACGCCGACCUCGUCUCGCAGCGGGCCGCCGAGCGCAACCUCCCGGAGCGGCUGACCCUCGGCCUGUCUGUCGACGCGAUCGAGGAGUACAUCACCGCCCUCCCCGCCGACGUCGUCGAGCAGUGCAACGAGAACCGGCCCACCAUCAACGGCGUCCGCGUCCCCGCCAACGCCGCCCUCAACGGCUACGUCAACCAGUGGCAGAUCGCGAGGCGGAGCGAGGCGGACGGAGGCAAGGCGUACUGCGAGGCGCUGUACGAGUGCGGCGACCCUGGCGUGGGCGUCGCCACCGUCUUUGUGAGCUG